UAAAUUCAACUAAUAUUACGAAAUACCCAAAGACGGUUUAGGACAUUAAUCGGUCAUCUCACUCAGUGGAUAAUGAACACUGUAGAUGAGUGACCAUCGAUGCCUAAUCUGACCUUAAUGAAAAAUUAAAUAUAUGGAUAAGGCUCUGAACUCUGCUGUGUUGCGAAGCUAAGCUUAUUGUGGGAUGUAUGCCCAUUAUGCAAAGGCUCAUUCCAUGAUAUAAAUCAAUUGCAGUCCAAAAUGAAAACUCCAGCUACCAUUUUCACUGAACGCACAGAUACUAGUGAGGUCAAUUGGUCUUUUGAAGGAUGUGUUCUUUCAAGAUUCGAUGUGACUUAUCCGGAGCGCAGGUUACUAUGUGCAUGGUGUAAAAGAAUGACCCCAACGUCCUAUAAAUUGGACAAUAAAAGUGUCGACUGUCAUACCCAAUGCAUCAUAUUGGCUCUGUUUCAAUAUUUUAUGAUGCACUAUGAUUCACUCAUUUGUUUAGGAAGCCAUAGCGAUUAUGGUAUUAAUGCCUUAUCCAAGAUCUGUGAAAUGCCAUUCCAACUUUUAACCAUAAAUGAUGUGAAUAAUAAGUGUAUAUUUUGUGGCGCAAGAGGAGCUUUUUUUAAAUGUGCCGUAGGGCAUUGCAUUAACUAUUACCAUCUGAACUGUAACCAGAAAGGUUUAGUCAUCAUCAGCAGAGAAAAUGGACGUGCUAAGAUGCCGCAUUAUAGAUUUACGCUAUGCCAUUUACACCAAAAUUCAGUUGAAAUAGAUUUGGUUGAGCAGCAAUUCUACGAAAAGAUAUCAUCUAUUUUUAGUCAUGAUGAUUUACGAACUGCCAUGGCAAGCGUGUUCUCCAAUGCGUCAUCUUCAGUGGAUUCAACUACACCACCGUCUUCGAGAUCCACUGUCAGUGAAGCAUCUAACAUCACUACAAGAGGUAAGGAUGCAAAACAACAAACAAAGAAGGAUCGUAAAACAACUUCUACCCGAGGAGUUGCAUCUCAUGGAAGGUCUAAGGAGGAACAUUUGGCAGACAACCAGAUGUUAACCGGCAGUGAUGGAAGUCUAUUGUUACAGCAAAUGGGUCUUAUGCCAUCGGAUGGACGAUGCCUCUUGGUCGACGAAUAUCUCGCAAUUAGACGGAAUGGAAGUCAAAGGAAUGUGAAGAAAUUUGAUUGGGACAUAUACAAAAUACUAUUUGCCAAGUUUAAUGCUGAUUUGUUACAGCCAUCACUUCCGCAUAACAUAGAAACGUGUGAUUUGAAUAGUGAUCUAAGAAUGGUACUCUCCUUGGAUGGAUGUGUUGAAUCUCCAAGUGACAUAAGUAGGCUGACGCUAGAGUCAGAACCGUCUAUUAUGAAUAUAACAAAUUCUAUGUCAAUGCAGUUGCGACAGCGGUCAACAUUACUAAAAACAUCAGAAGAAGCAGAAAUGGAAAAUAACAGCGCUUCGCGGUCAGUGGAAAGCUCUGCGGAAUCUUAUGCUGAUUUACCUGAAUUUUUAGAACCAUUGGUUAGACCCAGUACUCCUGUCGAACAUGUGUCACCACAUUAUGAUAAUCGAAUGAUUCAUUCGGCAAUGGAGGUCAUGGAAGUUUAUGGAUAUAGGACACACAGACCUCAUUUUGUUUUAGUAAAAUUCGGUAAUAGAGCAGCGUGGCUUUCCGUUGCUGUUUUAAAAUCGAAGCGCCAUGGAACUAUAAAAAGCAUGUUGCUGGACUACAUCGCUAUCGGAAUGCUUGAAUAUGAGUAUCUUAAGAGAGUACUCAGAUUAGCAUAUUAUUUGCCGAAAUCAGGCAGAGUAAUUCCCAUUAUACAUUUACCAAAAGAUAAGGCUGAAAAGAAAACAAACGACUACAAUGAAAGAAGAACUUUGGGUGGAUUCAGCUGGAAUGUUACACCAUCAGUCGAAGGUUACCUACAUACAACGUUGAUUACCCCUUUGAAGCUCUCCGAUGAAUAUUCAGGACAGGGUAAAACUUUGUUCGACGGUAUAUUGAAUAUUGAAGAUGUCCAAUCAAAUAUGCUUUAUGAUCCGGAAGAUGAAGCUGCUGACCUGAACUUUGUCAACAGACAGGCGAAUGUUCUCGUUGCUAUUCUACGAAGUGUUAACAAAGCUAUUGAAGAACAAAAACAACGUUUAUUGAAAUCAUUAUCAAUAGAAGUGUCUUAUCAAAAUCGUUUGCACGAGGAUGCUGGAAUGAUUAGUCAAUAUGUUAAGCUCACCUUGCAAAUGACAAGGUGGUCUCAUUUUCGUCAGUUUUUUAUGUAUGCUGUGGAAAUGUUCAAUAACGUAUUUGAAUAUGAAAGUCAAAAGGAAACAAAUAAUGCAAAGACUUUGCAGCUGAAAGCUGAAAGUACACUUGAGACCGAUGAUAAGGAGUUCUGUUCAGUAUGUCUUAUGUCGGAACAAGCACAAAAGCAAACCAUGACUCAAUGUGCACGUUGUUACAUUAGAGUCCACAACAAGUGCUACAUCGCAUACAAAAAUUCGGUACCAGAGCCAGCUCCAACCGACAGUAAAGCGGGCACAUAUAAGAACGAUUGGUAUUGCGAGCCUUGUGAGUAUGAAGUUCUCAUGAACGCAAAUAGUAAAACUGCGACGUGUAACAACGUUGUAUGCUGUGCCUGUUAUAGCAGUGGAGGAGCUUUCAAACGUGUAACAGAGAUGAUGGGUAAAAAGAUACAGCAAGGAUCACCUGUAAAAUGGAUCCACUUACAUUGCGUAGCGCUGCUGCUUCCAAGAGUGGUAUGCCAAGAGUGGGUAGCAUUAAGCAGAUGGGAAUUAAGGAAUGUGGUGAACAACGAUACCGAAAUAUGUAAAAUUUGUAGUGUGAAUGGUGGAUUCAUGCUGACAUGUGCACAUCCAAGAUGCAAUGUUAUAUUCCACACCACCUGUGCUUGGGUGGAAGGAGCGUAUGUAAAAGAGUCUCCAUAUCACAACUCUUCCGAAAUCGAGACUAUAGUAAGAAACCUUUACCCUAACUCGGAACUAUUCCCAACCAUUUCCCUUAGGGUUUAUUGUAUCCAACAUUCAAUCGAGUUAUUCUCAGAACAAGCUGUCAAAAAGGUGAAGGAACGGAAGUGUAUCGCAUAUACUCAUUAUCGACGUUGCCCAUGGUAUAGUACCCGCAAAAAUCCAGAACCCAAACAGAUUACAUUGCCACUUACUUCAUGCCCUGCUCCUGUGGAAAUAACGUUGAAUGGUGCCAUUGAAACAGUGGAAGCUGACGGACAUAAAAGGAAGGUGGACUUUGACGUCACAUCUGUUUUACUAUUACGUGCCCAAAGUCGUCCUAAACAAAGGAAGUCUCUAACUAAAAUACCAAGUUAUCUAGCACCGAGCAUACAACAAGUUAGACAUGUGGCACAACAAUGUCAAGAUGUAUUGAUGAUGAAUUAUCAAGAGGAAAUGUUGAAUAAUGCUCAAAAUUUACUUGUCGAUCAGGUACAACCACAGCCGAUGAUGAACAAUCAUAUGAUCAUGAACCCCGAAUAUGCAAUGAUGAUGAGCAAUCCAAUGGCUGCUAUGAUGAACCCUCAGCACAUGGGCAUGAUGGUUUCACACCCUACCAUGAUGACCAACCCUAUGCAAAAGCCAAUGCUACAGCCCAUGAUGUACAACGCGCCGCCACAAUAUAUGACGGACCGAUCGCAAUAUGUUAUGAACAUGCCGACUGGACAUAUGCAAGCUAACUCCUAUGCUAAUCAACUUGCUAGAGCCAGAAUGGGUGUUAGGCCAAUGAGUAUGCCACCAACCAUGAUGGUAUACCCUACUGGUAUGAACAUGAUGCCUAUGAAUCAGCAUAUGAUGCAAAUGGCACAACAUCCGUACAUGGCUGCGGCAUAUGCGCAACCGGUGCCCAUGAUGCCUGAAUACUGGGAUCAAGGAAACAACAUGAUGCAAUACAAUGACCAACAACCACACAUUGAUAACACAUAUGUGAACGGCGGCGAUACAGGAUAUCAAAAGAAAUGAAUAACUCCAUGCAUGAUGUUACGACGCAAACGUGAUCGUUGGAACACAUGAAAACAAUAGACCCAUGUACGUCUACUCAAUGUGGCCGUCAAUUACCAAAGUAUGCACCUGGAGUAAAUAAAGCAUUGUGUAACCCUAGAAUUAUAAUAUUGAACCUUUCGUUCC